GGAGAACGGAUUCUGGCCAUCUCAGAUCUCGCCGGUUCUGCUCAAUUCACGAAGACAACCUAGCGGAAGUUUUUAUACUUCAGAUUGUUUCCUGUAUUUAGAACAAUGGCAUCAUCAUCCAAGAAAGCAAAAUUAGACGGUAUCUCCGGUUUGCUGAUGGAGGAGAGGGUUGAACUAGCGAGCUCCGUCUCCGAGUUCAAGUUUAACAAGAAGAGGGUUCGAGUUCUCCAAGGAGUGGACGGAGAUAUGAAAAGAGAGUGCAAGAGUGUUAUGUACUGGAUGUGGAGGGAUAGACGGGUUCAGGAUAACUGGGCUCUUCUAUACUCUCAGAAGAUUGCUCUUGAACUAAACGUUCCUCUUCAGGUUCUUGUCUGUGUUCCUCAGUCUCUAGGAGAACUGACCUUACGUCAUUAUACUUUCAUGUUGGAGGGUCUAAAGGAGGUUGCAGAGGAAUGCAAAGAGUUAAAUAUUGGGUUUAGUCUUGCUCUCGGAGAACCCAGUGAUAUAAUCACCAAAUCCUACCUGACCAAACACAAGAUUGGUUUGCUGGUGGUAGACUACUCACCUCUCAGAUAUCAUAAAGCUUGGUUGGAUUGUAUACAGGAGAAGAUUGAUACUCCUAUCCAUCAAGUUGAUGCUCAUAAUAUCGUCCCAGUCUGGAUUACCAGUGACAAGCAGGAGUACGCUGCUAGAACCAUCAGACCAAAGAUAACAAAGAACCUGGCUGAAUAUCUGACCGGAUUUCCUCCUGUAAUAGAACAUCCAGUUGAUUCUAUAUCUGAGAUUUCUGGGCUGGAUUUUGACGAGGUCUACAAAGGUUUAAAGAUUGAUCGGACGGGUUGGGGAGUAGAACCAGUCAAGACCUUUACUCCGGGUACCAGGGCAGGGCUCUGCAAUCUAGAGGAGUUCUGUGCUAAGCGUAUCAAGGAGUACGGAGCAAAGAGGAAUGAUCCUAAUGUUUCCGCUUUGUCCAACCUGUCUCCUUGGGUCAAUAAUGGUCAGAUCUCAAUGCAACGAGCUGUUAUAUACGUGAAGAAACAUGGUAAAUCUCAAAGUGAAAGUGUUGCUAGUUUUGUUGAGGAGGGAGUUGUAAGAAGAGAGUUAUCAGAUAAUUUCUGUGAGUACAAUCCUGACUACGACACCCUGAAGGGAGCCUCGGACUGGGCGAAGAAGAGUCUGAAUGAACACAAGAAGGAUAAGAGAGAAUAUAUCUACACUAGAGAGGAGUUUGAGGAAGGGCGAACCCACGACGAUCUGUGGAACGCAGCUCAGCUCCAGCUGGUUCGUGAGGGGAAACUACACGGGUUCCUCCGGAUGUAUUGGGCAAAGAAGGUUCUAGAAUGGACAGAAUCUCCGGAAUCUGCGCUCGUCGAGGCACUCAGGUUGAAUGAUCGAUAUGCUGUUGACGGGAAUGAUCCUAAUGGUUAUGUAGGAGUUAUGUGGAGUAUUACUGGUAUUCAUGAUCAGGGAUGGGCGGAGAGAGCUGUGUUCGGUAAGAUUAGGUUCAUGAACUACGCUGGGUGCAAGAGGAAGUUCGAUAUCAACAAGUUCAUUAUCAAGUACGGAGCUAAGGUUCACAAGAAGAAAUAAGUCCUUGAUUAAACAGUUUAAACAAAGCCGACACCAGUAUUUCAACGUAAAGACUAAAGAGUGAUUAUUUCAUUUGUAACUUGAAAAACCAAGAAGAAAAAAAAUUGAUAAAACGACUGAUAAAACACAUAUUUUUACCAAAAAAAGUAUUUUCUAAA